AUGUUCUUCAUUCUUCUACUUCUCACUGUUUCUCAAGUAUUUGCUCGAUACUACUGUGGACUGGACCCUUAUACCAAUACUGCUAUGGAAUUUCAUAUUCUCCAUGACUGCAAACCAUUGACAGCCAAUCACGGCAAGUGUUGUAUUGAUCACGGUCAAUGCUAUGCCAAACGAACGAAGGUUGAGGAGUGUGAUAACGACUACUGUGCUUGCUUACUCAAAAUAGAAUCCACGGGAUUGUGUAAGUUCCACGCUGAUAACUUUUGCAAUCAUGUUAAAGCAUGGGGACACAACUUUUACCCCAUCUUCACUGACCCCAAAUGGGGAAUAAACUAA